UAAAUAUGAAAGAAGAUUAUAGUAAACUGAAGAUGAAGAGUCGUAAUUAUGAAACAGUUGAGUUGGAGAGAGAUGAAUUAGUUCGACAGUUAAAUCUUGGUAAAGAUGAUUUAUUUCACGAACAAAAACAAGCACGAAUACAGAAAGAGGAACUACAGUUGGAGCUGGAGUCGAUUACAUCUCAAUUAGAAGAAGUUCAGUCAUGUCGAGAUGAAUUACAACAAACAUUAUCUCAAUUACAAUCUAAUUAUAGUAGAUUAGAGAUGGAGAAAAAUGAUAUUUUACAGAAAAAAUCUCAAGAAUUUGAUGUAUUGAAUAACAGUAGACGAUAUUAUGAUAAAGAAAUGGUUGAUUUACAACAGGAAGUUCACGAGUCGAAAAUAAAAAUGGCUGAUUUACAGGAGAGAAACAACGAAAAAGAUGAACUGAAUUUAAAACUAAAAGACCAGAAUAUAGAAUUACAACAAUUAUUAGCUAAAGAAGAAGAAUCACGAGAAGUUAUAUUACAAGAUCACAAACGAUUGUUACUCAACUUUCGUAAAGAAACGGAUGCCGCCAUGAUGCAACUUCGAGAAUCGUUAUUUUUAGAGAAACAGACAGCGUUAGAGAAUUUACGAGAUGAGAUAGAAAAUGAUCGUCGAGAAUCUUUGAAGAGAAACGAUGAGAAACUUGCUCAGAUUUUAACAGAAAAUGCUAAAAUUAUUUCUAGUAAAAAUGACGAGAUUACACAGAUACAAACAUUGUUGAAAAAUCUGGAAGAGGAAAGACGACAAAUGGAACAGAAAUUACAGGAAGAAAUUCAACGACAGGUGACACAAGCUGUAACUAGAGAAAGAAAUCUGUUAGAGACGGAGAAAGACUGGGCGAUUAGACGAGAACGAGAUAGUUUAAUAACGGAGAAUAAUCGUAAAGUAGAGGAGAUGUCAGCCAUUUUACAACAAGAGAGGAAUAUGAAGGAAGAUUUACAACAACAAAUAAAAAAUACACAAAAGGAACUUGAAGAACAACGGAAUCACAAUCGUCAAGCUUCGAAAGACAAGAUGGUCGCUGUGGCUCGAGCGAAGGAGAUGAUGAGAGAACAGACAAACGGAGAAAUCGAGCGAAUCAAAGAUAAAGUUAAAGAGGAUAAUAAGAGAGAGAUAGAAGAAUUAAAAGAAACUGUGAAGAAUCUUGAGGAAGAAAUCCAGAAAUUACGAUCAGAUAAACAACAGUUAUGUCGUGUAGAACGGGAAGUUAAUAGUACGCUAGAUAGAACAGAGAGAACCGUUAUAAACGAAAUCAACGAAGAAUGUCGACGUAGUGCUAGUGUGUUGGGUAUUUCACCCAGAAAAGUUCAUUUAGCAAGUUUUCGUGCUGAAAGUCCUGUUGCUAUGGGUGGAAGUCCAACAUCUUCUAAAUAUAGAACUCCGGUCACCUCAUCUCUCGCUAAUCUACGAGCGUGUAAUGAAGAAUUGAGAACACAUCUUUAUGAAUUAAAACAAGAACUAGAUUCACAGAAAUCACUGUAUAAUAAAUCACAGAAAGAUAAGGAAGACUCAUUAGAAAAUUUAAAACGGAAAUUAGAAAAAGAGAAAUCCAGCGAACUAGAUCAGUUGAAGGAAAGAUUAGUAAGGGAGCAUAUAACCCAGAUGAAUCGACUAGCCAAUCAAUACAUCACCGAAGGUAAUCACAGUCUACCCACGGAGAAAACUCCCAAUUUCUGGAAAAAUAAUUUACGAGAGGAAUCACCAGAAUAUUAUAUAAAGAGAUACGAGCAGGAAAUCAGCAAAGAUCGAAUGAAACAUGGUGUUGAUCGUUGUCCAUCACCAGAAUUUAAACAUAUAAACGAUUUACAACAAGAUGAGAUUAAUAGAUUAGAGAGAGAAAUACAGAAACUAGCUCUUCAUCGUGGUAAUAGAAAGCCUCCGAGACCUAAACGAGAUAUAAAGACACCAGAUGGAGAUAAAUUACAUCACAGACAGACGAUAGAUUAUCAACCUGUUCACUCUAAUAAUUUCUAUACAGGUUCGGUACCUGAUUUAACUAAUCCUGAUUUAUAUAGACAGGUACCAUUAAGAGCGAGAUUGAGUGCUGAAAGAGAAUCAAUGGCAAUAAGUCUUUCAGAGAGAAUCAAGAUGGAUGAACAACAGGCGCCAGAUCCAGAAUUAACACAAAUAUUCUCAAAACCAAAUCAAAAAAUGAGUGAAAUGAACAAAUUACAGAAUACACUAACCAGUCAGAACAAAGAAUUAAUGGAACUAGAAAGAGCCUACAAUCAAUUAAACAAAAAUUAUGAUCAUAGAAGUCCAUCGCCAUCUUUACAUUUUAGAUCGACUCGUUAGUUCAUCGCCAUCUUUACAUUUUUGAUCGACUCAUUAGUCUAUUGCCAUCUUUAGAUAUUAGAUUGACCUAUAGUCUAAUGCCAUCUUUGCAUUUGAGAUCGACUUGUUAGUUCAUCGCCAUUUUUACAUUUAAGAUGGACUGGUUAGCCCAUCGCCAUCUUUACAUUUGAGAUCGACUCACGUUUGAAAUUGACUCGUUAGAUUAUCAGCAAAUAUUAUACCAGUAUGAGUGCUCUUAAAAAUAUGUUUAUAUCAAUUACAAAUAAAUGUUCUAUGAUAUUAGUUACGCAUGCAUUAAUUGUUGCUAUGACAACACUGCCAAACAAACAAGAUACUGAGAUUGGUUGUAAAGGUUUAAUUCCAGUUUGUAGUUUGGUGUAUUUGAAGACUGUUCUGUGAGUCUCGUGUGACACCCUGUAAUGUGCUAAAAGAUUUUGAAUUUUCUAAGAUUGGUAUUUAUGCAUUGUAUUUUAUUCUGAUUGACAUUAUUCUAUAUUGAUGUCAGUUUCACUAAAGAUACAUUAUGUAAGAUUUAGAUAAAGAACUGGUCGUUCUUGCUAUAAUAGUUAAAGAAUAGAUAACGAAAAGGGAAUAUGUUGAACAUUUCAUUCAAAUUACUUUAUUCAGUGCGAAGUUAUGAGCGUUUGAAGGUUUGACAAUAUGUAAGGUAGAUUUAUUAUUAUCAUAGCAACAGUACUUGACAAUUGAGACUAAGUCUUGAUUAUCAAUUUUAUGUAGAUCCAAUGGUGUAGAAGGCUGGAUAUAGGCUUGUCAUGUUAAUAAAUGUCUAAAUAAUAAUUUGAAGCCAAAAUAAAGAUCUGUAAUAAAUGGAUUUAAUUCUUACAUAAUGUAUGUUUAAUUAUUGUGUACUUUUGUUCUAUUUCGUUUUAUAUUGCUGUCCAUUCAUCAACUACAAUUUCUUGUGAACACUCUGCAGACUACAUUUAUAUUGCUUUUACCCUGUCUAUUCAUUACUCUGCGGAAUAAAUGAAUCAUUUGACCAUUUUAAAAUUUAUAUGUAUAUAUAAGUUGUUUACAUAAGUGAGGUGAAGAAGCCUAUUGAAUUUCAGCAUUGUGUAUUUAAGGCUGUCUAUUAAAGCCUACUAAUAUUUACCAGUUAGUAUUAAUUGUACAGAGUGUGGCCAAAUGUUACCACAUGUGGCAUGACGUGAUUAAUAUUAUUUAAAACCAAAACAUUCCUCUACAAUAUAGCCUAGUUAUUGAAAAUUAAUUCAUACAUGGAAGCAUGGAAGUAAGGAAUGUAACAGAAACAGGCACCAAGUUCAAAAAGCAUUCUCAGACUUUGUUAAGAAUUUACUCAACUUUCAAUCACUGUUUAUGAGAAAUUUCUUUGAUCCAGAAACACAAAACUUUGUACAUAGUUUCUUAUUGAUGUAUUUGAUAAAUUAAAAUUCAAAACAACAAAAGUUUUAUAAAAGGCUAUAUUUUAGUUGAAAUUUGGCAAACAAUUUUUAAUAAAUUCUUAACUUAAGUCUGUGAACAUUUUGUGAACUUGGGACCAGAGCUCUUGUUUAUAUUAUUAUUGCCGGUCACGGUUCGACUGACAUUGGAAAUGUCCGACUGACAACCUAACAGUCAGUUUGUAUUUCAAGGCACCCAUGAUAGAAACAGUCUUAUUACUAACUUUAGAUAUUUACAUUUGAAUGUCAUGAAAACAUUGGAGUAAGAAUUACACCUUAAAUGAUAAAUAAUGUUCUGUUUGUUCUAUUUAUACAAAACUUUAUCAGUUCUCCUGCCAUUGUUAUUAUAUUUUAAAUUAAAGAUAUAUAUACUAUACCAUAAAAAUAUAAAUAUAAUUCAUUUACAGACUGGUUUUAAUUUCUGUAUCUUCUUUUAAAUGAUCUACAUUCUGUUUAACCUUUCUUAAAAAAGACUCAAGUUUAAUGUUAAUGAAUUAUUCUUGUUUGGGAAAACAAAUACAGAUAUCCCUUGAACUAUUGUGUUUAUGGUCAGAAGACCCCUUGCUAAAGACCCCUACGGGCAAGCGAAUUAUUGAAAUAAAAUUGAACCAUGUGUUAGUCCUGAAACGAACUAGUUUGUGUCGAGUGGACAUUAAACCCCAUUUCUCUCUAUAUAUAUAAUGAUAUUCUUUUCUCGAAAAGCCCCCCCCCCCCUUCUUCUCCCUUCUAUAUCUAGACCAGAGAUAAAUUAAGAUUGACCGACACCAAAGUGAAUAUAUUUUCCAUCUCCAGCAUUAAAGUUUUAUACCUUUUUAUAUAUAUAUAUAUAUAUAAUCAUAAUACUGUGAUAUUAUUAAUAUUUUCAUUUUUAAUCUUAUUUAUUAAAAAAAAUAACCAUUUAUUGUGAAAAUCAAAAUUAUAUCAUACAAUAAUA